GAAAUAAAUAGCUGUGGGAAACUGUGUGACAUAUACAUGCAAAAGACUGGAUAGUGGUGCUUGGAACACAGAGCCCAUAUGUGGUAGAAUCUGACUUACUUUGCUGAGGUUAAGAGCCAUAAUAAUGUCGUAUUACCAGUCUAACUAUCCCAGUUACGGGUCACCAUAUGGAGCUCCUCCACCAAGCUCUGGUCCACCUCCACCCCCUGGGGCAUACCACUGGGGUCAGCAGUGGACUGCAUACAGUGUCAAUCAGUAUCCACAGGGACAAGCAUUUGGUUACGGAGGUUAUAAUGUGCCAGCUGUACAGCAAAUUCAUCAACAGAAUUAUCCAUGUGCUCAGGAGACUCCAGUCCAGCCUGUUGCCCCAAUGCCUGUACCAGUGUCGCUGUCUCUGCAGGCUUAUGAUCAACACCUUCAUCAGUAUCAAAUGGAGAUGCAGGAACAAAUGAAAAUGCAAGCCAGACAGCAACUUCAGCAGCAGCAAGCCGAGAUUCCAGUAGAUUCUUCCACUACUAAAGAUGAAGUAGAUAACGGAACUAAUGACGAAGAUAUCAAGGCUCAUUUGAAGAAGAUAUUUGUGGAGGAAUUGGUCAGACGACAAGGUGUGUCAGGGACAUUUGACAUGACCGAGGGCACAGUGAAGGGGACACACUUUUAUAGCAGUGACGACCCUGUUGUGGCCUUUUACAAGACACUGGAUGGCGAGGAUAAAACUGGUAAACCCUGGGACCCUGAGGCAGACUGCUGCUAUCUGAAGAAUGCAAUGGAUGGGCUGGGAGCUAACGAGGAUGCCAUAACCCAUGUGGUAGCCACUCGUAACAAUUCUCAAAGACAGGAACUGAAGAAAAUGUAUAAAACAGCAUUUGGGAAGGAUUUGAUCAGGUGCCUAGAGAGUGAACUGAGUGGAGAUUAUAAAGAAGCCAUCAUGGCCUGUUUUGUCCAUCCCGCUGUGUAUGAUGCUUGGUGUGUGAAGGAAGCCAUCUAUGGUCCGGGAACGGAUGAGAAGACUCUGAUAGAGAUUCUGAUGACGCGGACCAAUGCUCAGAUACAGGAGCUUAGAAAUGCCUAUGUGGAUGUGGCCAGUCCCCACCGGAAGCAGUCACAAACCCUGAUUGAGAAGGACAUAGAAGAUGAUACCAGUGGAGAUUUUAAACGGCUUCUGAUUUCUGCCUCUCAGGGUAAUCGUGCCGCAAUACCUCGGGAAACUCUGGAGCAGGCCGUGGAGGAAGUCAUGGCUGAUGAGAAGCCUACGGGCAUGUACAAUGUGAACUAUGUCAAGCUGUGUGAUGUGGAAAAGGCCAAACGUGACGCCAACAACUUAUUCAAGGCAGGAGAGGACCGAUGGGGAACUGAUGAAGCAAUGUUUACUCGCAUUUUUGCCACCAGAGACUACUAUCAGCUCAGAGAAACCUGGAAACAGUACACCAAGUUGACACAGAGGGAUAUCCUCAAUUCUGUUGAUCGUGAAACAUCUGGGGAUUAUAAGCAAGGUCUCCGGGCCAUUGUAAUGAACGUUCGCUGUCGGCCGCGUUACUUUGCUGAACGUCUCGUCGAGGCAAUGAAGGGAUUGGGGACGGAUGAUCGUUCCUUGAUCAGGAUCAUCGUGUCACGCUCUGAGAUUGACAUGGAACAGAUUAAACAGUGGUUCUUGGAGCUGACCAAACAAACUUUGUGGCGUUGGCUGAAGGAUGACUGCAGUGGGGAUUACAAGAAACUUCUACAAGCUCUCGUUGGCAGGAAUUGAAGGAUGGUUUCUGUGGGGAUUACAGUAAAACUUCUUCGAGUUCUUGUUGGCAGGGAUUGAAGAAUAAAUGGGGUGGGGAUAACAAGAAGCUUUUACAAGUUCUUGUGG